AUGUCAAGCACUUGUACAGCUGCAAACUGCGUGGUGAAAACGUGCCAGGCGGCCUGGGACCAGUCCAAGUGCGACUGCUGUGAUGAAUUCACACUGCAGCCUGCUCAGUCUCCUCAGUUCACUCUUUCUGCUGCUAGUGGUCAGGACAUCGUUGUAGCAGAGGCAUCUGAUGGAAGCCCUACAGUUCCGGACGGAGAUCCUUUGCGUGCCGGGCUCAGAGUGAAUGACGAAACCGUGCCCUUAUUUGGCUUGAUCUGGGAGUUACCUCCUGGAGAGGCAAGUGCCCUUUGUCGCAGUAGCGUGCUGCGCUUUUGGGCUCGUGUCCGCGGAUGCUCUGAGAGCAGCAGCUGGAAGCGGUACGGCUUUGCGUGGGCAGCUGCCAAGGUGAGAUGCUUGCGGUUGCAAACCCCGGAAGAGGAACAGCUGAACCAGGAUGGAGAACGAUACCAGGUCUUGAUGCAGGCCACGUUUGGCCAUGAGGGAAGUCAGGCAAUGGACUCUGGCAGUUUGGAGGCUACAUCGGCAGCAAUCAAAGAGGCGCUGCGGCAGAGCCUGCGCAUGUCAGUUCAGCCUGAGGAUUUGCGUGUCCAACUUGCAAUGGCAGCCUAUGGUCCUCCAGUUCGUCCACCCAUUCGUUUUCAGCUGGCCACGCCGCAGAUCACAAACUGCCCGCAAGUGGUUACGACCUUUCCUUGGGAUGGCGAAGUCAAAGUGAAGCCUGACUUGGAGUACGUUGUAUUACACUUGGACCGCUGUGUUCGGCUGCACAUGCAGGACUCAGCCACUUUUUAUGGAAGAGGUUCUGCUGCCCACCAGAAUGUCUCACGCAGGCUAAGCAAAGCGGGAUUUCGCCAACCUGCUUUGAGUGACGAAAGUUGCACCAAAGAGUUGAUCCCGGCCUCGCUUCCUGUCUCGGAGGCCAAGAUGCCAGGAAGAUCUUUGAUCUUCAAGCCUGACUCUCCGCUAACUGCGGGCUGUUGCUAUAGAUUCCACCUCGACAUGGAGGCAGCAGGAUCCUGCAACACGCAGACGGCCCUUUGCAAGGACUUGAAGAUUGACUUUUGCGUCGAAUGGCCACCCCCAGAACCAGUCGUGAGAUUAGAAGACGACCACCUGUUGCAGGUAAGCUUCAGCGUCCCAGUUGAGCUGAAUGCCAGCAAUGAUCGCGUUCAGAUUGAAGCUGGUCCUGAGGAAGGCGAUGCGGAAAGUGUGAAAGCCUGGCACCUUCUCGAGCGCAGCCACAACACCUUUUGGCAGCUUCAGUACGGAAACAUGAGUCACAGCGAAGUGCAGGACAGCGGUGAUGGAACUGGACUUUCUAUGGGUGACAAGGUUUACUGCGCCUAUUCAAAGUAUGGGAAGGAGUCUGGAGGGCAACCUUGCGAUGAUCAUAGAAGCUUCCAAGUGGACAUGUGUUCUGUCGUCGGGAAUUGUCCCGACCAUCGUGAGUUGCCUUGUGGAAUGAUUCUUAAAAUUUUCUUCCCACCUGGGCUGGCGAGCAAUGGUGGUGUUCAAAGCCUUGGAACCUCGAUAAUUCUUCGUACAAGACCAUGCGAUCCCCCACACCUGUUGAACUCGUUGAGGAUUGGUGUUGAAAACAACCGCAAGACGCUCUUCUUCUCCUGGUCACUGCCUGCUUUGGUGGCUGAUCCAAUGGCAAAGAUUUCUCUUUGUGGAAAUCAGCCCUCACAGUGUCUAUUGGAAGGCGUGCGUAUUUCAGAUGAACGCGUCACUCCUUGCAUUACUGGGCCUGACAGCUGCACAGAAUGGUCGGUGGAUCUCGGUGAUGCAGGCGAUGCAUGCGGCCAACUUCGCUUGCAUGUGGAGCCAGGAGCAGUUCGUCCAGUAAGAAACAAGGACAUCACAUCGCGACAAACUUCUGCGUCCGUGAUGCAUCCCAUUCCUUGUGGAGUGGCUGCUGAUGAGCCUUUGAGGCUAAAGUGCUUGCAAAUCAAUGACGCAGCUGUCUUACAGCCAGGGCCGUCCAACGAGAAUUUUCUGAGUGACCUGAACGCAGCUCACAUCGAUUCCCUCCCGGUCGACCGCAGCAGCUUCUUGAGAAGGUUGCAAACACCAGACACGCCAUGUGCAAUCAUUCCAAAGGUAUCAAUGAAGUUCUGGAAAGGCGCCGAGAGAACACUCUUUGAGUUUGUCCGGAGAGGUGGUCAGCUGUACAUUGUUGGUGGCCACAACAACCGUGAAAUUCUCAAUGAUGUUUUUGGCUUGGAAGUGCAGCAUGGGCAUUCCGGCAAUGUACAGCACUUGCAGAGCUUUGAACAUCAGACUGGGAAAAGUCGGGCAAGUGCGGACUUCAAGCAAGAAUUGCAGGAAUGCGCAAACCAGUGGUUGAGGGAGCUCCCAGUCCUGAACGCAAUGCAUUCUGUGAGGCUUUCAGCAAUGACCACAUCGACAUUCGACCACGAUGUUGGAGUGGCAGGCCUCUACUCUUCAAGUGGCACUUUCUCGGAAACCAACAGCUUUGGUGUCGUCCAAGUGAUGCUGGGGGAAGGUGUUGCUGCCUACUUGGCUUUCGACUGGUAUGAUGAUUUGGAAGAAGAACGGCGUCCUUGGGCCAUGCAACUUGCAUUGAUGACUCAAUGCAACAUGAAACGGAUGAAGGCCAUUCCACCCAUCCAGGAUUCGUUGGACAUGAUAGGUACCUGA